AUGGCUGCAGAAAAGAGCGAGAUCACGCCGGCUGGACAGGGUCCUCUGGAUGCUACAAUUGACUCAGAGAGCAACCAAGAUGCCAUUUCAGCUCCGACAGAAGCUCUGCGCAAGCUCUGGACCAAGUUUCCGCUUACCUUGGCAUUCGUCGGCCUUUUUGUCAUGAACUUUUGCAUGGUAUUUGCCGCGUCCUCAGCUGGCGUUUAUGAUCCAUACGCCACCAGCCAUUUCCAAGGCCAUUCGCUUAUUGCUACGGCAAAUAUCGUUCAUGGCAUUGUUCGGAUUGUCGGUUAUCCACUCUUGGCCAAGGUUGCAGAUCAUAUUGGGCGACCACAGGGAUUUGCUGGGGCUGCGAUUAGCAUGGCUCUGGCGAAUGUUCUGUAUGCGGCAUGCCGCAAUGUCGAGACAUAUCUUGCUGGCGGCAUUUUUGAAUCAUUCGGAGAUACCUGGUGGACAAUAACCGAGCAGAUCUUUAUCGCCGAAGUAACAUCGCUGAUUAACAGAGGCUUCCUCUUCACCCUCCCAGAAUCACUCGCUGCCAUACCGACUUUAUACGCUGGCACGUAUCUCGGUGAGCAUAUGCUGCUCAAGUCCUCUUGGCGCUGGGGCUUUGGCAUGUGGGCUGCCAUCAUGCCAUUCUGUGCACUACCGACUAUCGCCGUUAUGGUGUUUAUGAGUAUGAGGGCGCGAAAGAGGGGCAUCGUGAGUCAGCGAACUUCAUUGCGCGCUGCUUCUGAGAUACCGAAGGGCGCGUCUUGGGUCGUCCAAGCUAGGCAAGUUCUCUAUGUCCAGUUGGAUAUCGUCGGAGCGUUCUUGUUACUUGCGGGUCUCGCCAUGACUCUUCUUCCCCUCUCUAUCACUGGAAGACGCAACACUGACAAGUGGUCUGAGCCAUCAUCUAUCGUCUUGUUGGUAGUUGGCGUCGUCACAUUUGUUGCAUUCUUGAUCUGGGAUGGCCGGUAUGCUAAGAAGCCAAUUGUACCUUUCCGUAUGAUCAAGAACCGCAACGUCAUAUUGGCUUGUGUUUCAGUAUGUUUGAUCGCAAUGUCGGACUCGACGUACCGCACAUUUGCUUCUAGCUUUUUGCAAGUUGCUGGUGGCUAUUCUCCAGGGCAUGCAGUUCGCAUUGACAAUUCUCGACGUGUUGCGUUGAACCUUGGUGGUCUUGUCAUUGGCUUGGGUAUCCGCCUUGUCAAGCACACUAAACCAUUCAUCAUCCUCGGCUUCAUAAUGGUUGCCUUAGCGAACGGACUUCCGAUUUACUUUACAAAUAUUGACGGAGCUCGAGUCGCGAAUGAGGCGUCAUUGACCACCGGGCAAGUCCUGCUUGGCCUUGGUCGUGGUUUCGCCCAGGUGCCACUCCAGGUCUCUUUGCAGGCCGCUGUUCCAGAUCAUGAGAUUGGCAUUGCGACAGCCAUGUUCCUUUCCUCAUCCGGAUUUGGUGCCAAUGUUGGUAACAGGCAAGUCUCAUACAGAGCCGUUCUUCCGAGAGCAUUAUGGAACACCCUGCUUCCCCGCCGCCUGGCUGCAAACCUCCCAGAAGAAGUCAAGGCCAACAGCACUGCAAUCUUCCGUUCGAUCGUAGUUGCACAGAGCUACGAGUUGGGCACUGAGACUCGUGAUGCGAUUAACCUGAGCUAUCGCAUGACACAACAGACCCUCGCUAUUGGAUCCCUCUCCCUGUCUAUUCCGCUGUUGUUGAUGAUGUUCUUUUUCCGAAAUGUCAAACUAGCCAAGGAAGAUAACGAGAGGAACGAAAUUGCAGAGCAACAGCUUGCUGCAGCAGAGCAGAAGGUCGGGAACGGACAAAAUGAGACGAGCGAGAAGAAGUAGCCUGUCACGCUACGAAAUAGGAGAAAUCCCAUCGAAUACCCUCUCCCGGAGCAAAUUUCUCAGAAUUGGACGUUUCUCCUCUCGGUCGGUCGGACAUGGGGAUGUGAGAGCUCAGUUGCAGCUGCCGACAGAUGGCCUCUCCAUGGCACGGCAUCCAAGCAACCUUUUUUAAUGCAGCUGUUAGUGUGUACAAUCUCUUUUGCAGCAAUCAAUCA